AUCCCUAUUCUCCAACUCACACCCCAUCAAUUCAUUCAAAUCCCAUUUUCUUCCGGAACCAAAAUCAUGUGUUGCAACCAUAAUUUCAUCUCAAGACUCCCCACCACACCCCCACCCCCACCCCUCUUUUCCCCACAAACCCACACCCCACUUCACCUCCCAAUCGCCUCCAUAUCCUACCGACCCAAAUCACUAACCACCACCACCCAUGCCGUGAAAGACGGCGGCUCCGCCGUCUCGGAGACGAUCAGGGACGAACUGAGCUUCUAUGAGCUUCUGGGUAUCCCUGAAACGGUAUCCUUAGUGGAGAUAAAGCAAGCGUAUAAGCAGUUAGCUAGGAAGUAUCACCCGGAUGUUUCGCCUCCGGGUCGGGUUGAGGAGUAUACCCAGAAGUUUAUUCGGGUUCAAGAAGCGUAUGAGACGUUGUCGGAUCCGAACCGGAGGGCUUUGUAUGAUAGAGAUAUGGCUAUGGGGAUUCACUUUGCGUUUGGUUCCAGGAGUCAUUUAAGGAAUCAAGAGAAAAUGGAGAGAGGUGAAUGGAGAGGUCAAUGGGAAAGUCAACUAUCCGAGCUCAGAAAAAGAAGCAUGUAUAAAGACGGUGGUAAUAACACGUCAUGGGCAGCGCGUAUGCGCAGGGAAAGAAAACAAUCUUCAUCAUGAUUAUUAACAUAGGAUGGAGAUUUUGUGUAUAUAUCAUCGACCUUACUGAUACGCAUAUGAAUGCUUUACGAAGCAAAGGCAGCCAUCGGUAAGUAGAGAAAUGUAUAAAAAUAGCUAUAGUAGGAAAUAUAUGUAGUUAAAACAAUGUUAAUUAAAUCAAUAAUAUUUCUUAUCUUAUUUACAUUCUCUUUUCA